GACCUUAAAAUAUCCAAAAUCCAUAAAGUUAAAAAAAUGAGAAAUAUAUCCAACGAACAAAACCUAAAAAAAAGUUGCAGACAGCGAGGAAUCGAAAGAAAUUAACGAAAUCUAGGGUUUCAACAUCCUCAUUCGUCUUCUUCCCCCAGUUUGGAUGCUCUUGCCUCCUCCCCAAACCCAUGAAAUCCACGUGGGAAAGGUCCGUGAAGCGGAAGCUCGACGAGAUCGAGGGCCGCGAGCGCGUGUCGAGGUUGAGAACGAGGUCUCAGCCCUUCGCGAAACCCUAAUUCGCCAGCAGCAGACGAUCGAAGAUCUGAGCGAGGAGCUCGAGGAGGAGCGGAGCGCCGCCUCGACGGCGGCGAACGAGGCGAUGUCGAUGAUACUCCGCCUUCAGCGAGAGAAGGCGGAGAUUCAGAUGGAGUUUAGGCAGUUCAAGAGGUUCGCUGAAGAGAGAAUGGCUCACGAUCAGCAGGAGCUCGUUGCCCUAGAUGAUCUCGUGUUCAAACGAGAGCAGAGCGUCCAGGCCCUCGCUUGCGAGAUCAAAGCCUACAAGCACCGUCUCAUGAGCUAUGGGAUCGACGCGAUCGAUCUCGAGCCCGAAAUCCCCGAAACCCCUCAAAAUUUCGACUUUCCAGAUUAUGAUUACCCUCCAUUGAGGUGCACGGUCCCUGGUGAGAAUUACGGUGAUGAUCACGAAAGCUCGGUUCUUGAGAAGUACACGCCGACGGCUCUGUAUCAGUUGCAGAAUUUGGAGACUAGGAUUUACGAGAUGGAGGCAGAGAAAGAGGAAUUUAACGAUAAUGAGGAUGUCGAUGAGGAGGUGGAGGAAGAAGAAGAGGAUAAUGGUGGGGACCACCUCUCGGACGAUGAGGAGAGCGCUAGGGUUUACACAAUUGAUGCAGUUCAUGCAGUGCCCACUGUUGAGACGAGCAAUGAAGAAGAAGCAGAACAGGAUGUGGAAAUGGUAAGAGAAGAGAGUUUCGAGGAUAAAAGGGAGAAUGUCGUUGAGGCUGGAGAGAUAAAGAAAUUAUAUACAAGGCUACAGGCUCUUGAGGCUGACCGAGAGUCGAUGAGGCAGGCCAUUAUAUCAAUGAGAACGGAAAAAGCUCAGCUUUUGCUUCUCAAGGAGAUUGCUCAGCAGUUGUGUAAGGAGGUGACGCCGGAGAGGAGGAUAGUGAAGAAGCCAUCUUUGAUUUCUAACUUCUCAUUUGUGGCUGUGAUUAAGGAUAUAGCAAAAGGUGCUGAGAACAUGUCCAUAAUUGUGGGUAUUGUCCUUCAUUUUCUGGAGAAAGAAAGCAUCUCGAAGCAAGUACUCAUUUGGACUAUCAAACAACAAUGUUGGUUUAUUGCUCCUUUUAGAUAGAUCUCCUCGUGUGAAUCACUGGCAAUAUCUCUCAAGUACUCGGGAAUGAUCACAUUUUUCUUGCAUGUGAUCGAGCCUUUAUAAUCUGAGAUUGCUCUUGAUGCUGUAAAUAAGGAAAUGGAAAUUUACUGUACGAUGUAUUUGGUGACAUUCUUUUACGAUUUUCCACGUGUCUCUGUAUUUGUUUGUUAUUUGACCAAAUAUUUAUUCGGCUUUGAUAUA